GAUUGGACUAUUAUGCUAAAAUAUCUAGCAAAUCCUGGACAUUACCAUACUACUAAAGACUAUUAUAACAAUAUUGUUACAAACUUUGUUAAAAUUUCAGAAUAUGCUCGAUAUAAAUGUAAAAAGGAAGGCAAACUAUAUCCAUGUAAUUCACUAGAAAUUGACAUGUUCAAAUCUUCCUAUAUUACUACUUUCGACUGAGGGUUAACUAUUAUAGAUUUCUCAGAUUUUAACAAUAACUUUGACUAUGUGCAAUAAAUUCUCUGGACUAUAGAUUCUUUAUUAAAAUAAUAUGAUAGCUAUAUAAUUUGUAUACAUGAUCGCCUAGUAAAAUUGGUCUACACUAUGUAUCGUAUCA